AUGAUUGCCAGGGCACGCAAGGAACUCCUUCCGCUACGACUUGUCAAGGCCCUCCAUGCCGCGGACAGUCUCGGCCUCGUUGAUAGAACGCCGCUGGGAAUCUGGCUCCCGUGGCACGUCCUACUCCCUUUCAACGUGGAGGAACGCAAGACCCCUGCCAUUACCUUGCUCAUGCGUCUCUACCGCGCCGAACUUGGCAUGGAGUCCCCGGUACAGCAGUCUGCUGCCGGACCAGAACGGCCUCCAGAUCCCUCUAACGUGGUCCUUGAUCAUAUAUCAUCUAGUCCGCAAAAGGACAAUAGGAACACGUCGGAAUUCUUCAAGGCAGCGGAUGUCGAACUAGAAGGCUGGAUUAGCGGUUUCAAUGUGGGCUACAGGCCGCUAGAAUCCGGUCAAGUCAGCGUCGACGCUGGCGUCACGGGAAACCCUGUCGAUAUGGAUGUCACGGAGGCGUUCAGAAGGGCCUGGUUCCAGGUGUUUGUCCGCAAUGCUCACAAUCGCAACAACUACCUCGUCCCUGCCCUAUACCAGGCUGUUCAGCGCGGAGAGAUAUGGGAUCAAAAUAUCGCUCACAUGAUAGAGCGGCUCUACGAGGAAGAUGUUGAGAGUCGUACUCAACAAAUGAAUCAUUCACGCCUGUACCCAGAGGAGGGAAGUCAGGACGUCGGAACACUCGAAGACCUAGACGGCGUUUUGGCUGAGGCGCCGCCUCCAUCAGACGGGCUUGGUGACGUACCAAUUAUGGAUGAAGAGUUCUCGCCACUCCCUACGGCUGAUCAUGGUACUUAUACAUCAUCUAACAACCAUACUGUGGGCGUAGAGUUAGAGUACCCGGGAACUCAAGAAGUAUCUGAUGGGCCGGCAGCAGACUCGAACACAGGCGUUGCACCACAAGAUAUUGCUGACCUUCAUGGGUUUAUAACAGAGCUGCUCCAUGAACCGGAAGAGACAUCGAACAUAGGUAACGACACACAGGGCUCUGUGCAGGAGAAGGUGAUGGAUCCUCAGAGGGACAGCGCUAGCGAUAGUGAUCCAUCAACACCCAAGAGAUCGCAACAUCUCGAUGCCCCGAACGGGCCUGUUGGUGUCAUAUCGAUAAAGCAGACAGCAGGUGACGACCUGAGUCCGGCGCUGGGAGAGGCCGCUAGCUCUGUCAACCGCAUCGCCUUCUGA